CUUUGCACGUCUCCGUUGCACAUCGGACCCCCUCCGAUUUAUCUCAAGCAGACGAAGCCAUGGAUUCCAUCAAAUCCCUCUUCGCCCCCGUACGCACAGUGCUGGAAAAACUGGGCAUUCUGAGCCCCCAAAACCUCUGGAAUGACAUUCUUCAGCAACACUGGCGCGUCAAUGCCGUCCUGCUCAUCAUCAUCACCGCCCUCUUCGGCUGGAUCAUCAUGCUGACCCUCGCCCGCUACAUCGACCUCGCCCCCGUCAAGCCUUCCGACCUCCUCGACGGCGUGGUGAGCAAGCCCGGCAGCCCUCCCAUCCCUCCUCCCACCGAGAUCGUCAGUCUGCGCGUCUACCCCAUCAAGUCGUGCCGUGGCGUUGAGCUGCAAUCCACGCGCAUGCGUCGCACCGGCCUCACUCUCGACCGCAACUGGAUGUUCGUCACCACCUCCGACUACAAAUUCAUGACCAUCCGCGGCGACUCCUCCAUGACCCUCAUCGACACCGCGCUGGUGGAAGGCGACGACCCCAAGGAUCCCAGCAACCAGCAGCUCGAAAUCUCCAUCCAUGGUGGCAGCCCCGACGACCGCAUCCGCAUCCCCGCCUUCCCCACGCAGGAAUGGCUCAAAGCAAACACCACCCUCCGCCCCGUCGAGAUCUGGGAGCAGGAGACCGACGGCUACGUGUACGCCGAAAAGUUCAACACCGUCUUCUCCGACUUCUUCCGCAAGGAGGUCGCGCUCGUGUACAAGGGUCCGACCAAGCGUCUGAACCGCAUCAACGGCCAAAAAGACAUGUACGGCGAGGACAUCGCGACCAACUUCCCCGACGUGGUCUCAUUGCAAAUCGCCAACGAAGCCAGCAUCACCGACCUCAACCGCCGCCUACGCGAGAAGCACGGCGAAGAGCUCGGCGCGGCUCUCACGAUCGAGCGCUUCCGGCCCAACAUCAUCAUCCGCGGCCGCGAGGAUCACCCCUGGGAAGAAGAUACGUGGAAGCGCAUCCGCAUCACCACCACCCUGCCCUCCGAAAACGCCAUCUACAAAAUCGAGCUGGACAGCAUCGCACGCUGCGCACGCUGCCAAGUGCCCAACGUCAACCCCGACACGGCGGAGAAGCACGCCAAGGAGCCGUGGGAUGAGCUGAUGAAGUUCCGCCGUGUGGACUCCGGCGGGCCGGCGAAGUUUAAGCCUUGCUUUGGCAUGCUGUGCAUCCCGCGGCGGGAGGGGAAAAUUGCGGUCGGGGCGAAGCUGGAGGUGCUGGAGACGACGGCGAAUCAUUUGUAUAGCGUGAGGAAGUUUGCGGAUUUGUGAUGGCCCCUAGCUUAUGGCGAGGCUUACUUUAAAGAUCUUGACACCGGCCGGGAUUGGGAUGCAUCGUUGGGGGGCAUGAGGUAACGAACAGACAGCUCACUCAGCAAUGCAAACAGCAACA